AAAAAAAACGGGGAGAGGAGAGGGAAGAAGUUUCUGAGGGGAAGGUGAGCUGGGGGCUCUCUCCCCCUCAGUCAGCCACAGGGAGCCAUGUCUGCAGCUCUAGUCACUGAUUGGGGGUGAGAGAAGCCUCAGUCAGUUGCUGCAGCUCACACUCAGACAUCACAGUGCUGCUGUCUAAGCGUGAGCUACUGCAAGGGUGGACAUCCCAGUGUCCAUCCAGGUCCUGCGCCGGACGGAGGACAGGGAACCAGAAAACCGGACUCUCCGGCCUUAAACCGGACGUCUGGCCACCCUAGGUUAUGCUAUAGUAAAGAGGGCUGCUUCUGGGGAGAACACUAGCUGGGUAAAAGGUGGAGCAGGUUGUUGAUGGCUCCCUGCUCCACCAUGGCGUCCUUAGGAGGCAGAAACUGUUGAAAGUGAGACAUACCACAGAAGAGCCACCAAAAUCCAGAACUGCCCCAUCGGAUCUGGAACAGUUGGAAGGACGUGGUGGUGGAGCACUGAGGACCUAUCAGUGGAAGAAUUAUCUCCAAUAUGGAUAAUAAGGACAUAUGACCCUAAGGCUGAAAAAGUGAUCCUGGAAAGUAGUAAGUCGAUGUGAUGUCCACUACCUCCUGAAGUGUAAGUCACCCCUUGUAUUCAUUUUAUGACCAUAUUUUGUGAUGUCUUCAUUCUAUCUCUGACGGCUGGAUUAUAUUAUUUUUCAUAUUCAUACACAUCAAUAUCUUUUUCACCUCCAUUGUAUCAGUAGUCCUUUAUAGAUCCCAAUUAGUGAGACAUUGUUCAUCAUGUCAGAUGUUUUGCCAAAUGUGAUUUUGCACUGUUCCUUAGAUACGGAACUCUCACAAAUAAAUAUUUAUUUAAAGUAUAAUGGUCCUUUUCAUCAGUGACCCACCGAGGAUGGACGAGGACAGAGACCUCAUGGCUGCGAGGAUAUUAGACCUCACUCUAGAGAUCAUCUACCUGAUAACUGGAGAGGAUUACACAGUAGUGAAGAAGUCGUCUGGUGAGUGUGUGACACCCCAAGUGUCAGGAGGAUGGAGCAGGACCCCAGGAGGCGUCACCGAGACUCCACCUCAUUCCCUGAUACAUGAGCAGAAGAUCCUAGAACUUACCAACAGGAUCACUGAGCUGCUGACCGGAGAGGUUCCUAUAAGGUGUCAGGAUGUCACUGUCUAUUUCUCCAUGGAGGAGUGGGAGUAUUUAGAAGGACACAAGGAUCUGUACAAGGACAUCAUGAUGAAGGAUCACCAGCCCCUCACAUCACUGGAUGAGUCCAGUAGGAGAAAUCCAACAGAGAGAUGUCCCAGUCCUCUAUAUCUCCAGGAUUGGCCAGAGGAAAAGAAAAAUGUCCCACUGGAUCAUCAGGAAAGUUUUGGUGGAAUGACGAGUGGACCAGAAAACCCCACAUCAGAGUCAGUGAAUGGUAAAAACUGCAAGAGAAACUCUCGUGACUAUAUUUUGUAUGAAGUAGAUGACAAUCAAUCACAAACUGGCAAAACUAGAAUUAUAGAUAGACAGUUUGACAGUUUUGCAAGUUCCGAAAGUGGAAAGCAUUUUAAAGAAAAAUUUAGCCAUUCCAUGCAUGAGGGAAUUUGGAUUAAUGAAAGGCGGUUUACAUGUACUGAAUGUGGGAAAUCUUUUACUCAGAAAUCAACUCUUGUGGCACAUCAGAGAAUUCACACAGGGGAGAAACCGUUUCCAUGUUCGGAAUGUGGAAAGUGUUUUACUAGGAAAUCCUAUCUUGUUGGACACCAGAAAACUCACACAGGAGAGAAGGAAGCUUCGUGUUCAGAAUGUGGGAAAUGUUUUCGGAGUAAAUCAAGUCUUUCAAAGCAUCUAAGAACUCACACAGGGGAGAAGCCAUUUUCAUGUUUAGAAUGUGGGAAAUGCUUUACUAGUAAAUCCUAUCUUGUUGAACAUCAUAAAAUUCACACAGGGGAGAAGGAAGCUUCAUGUUCAGAAUGUGGGAAAUGUUUUACUAGGAAGUCCUAUCUUGUUAGACAUCAGAGAAUUCACACAGGAGAGAAGCCAAAUUCAUGCUUAAAGUGUGGGAAAUGUUUUAACCAGAAAUCAACUCUUUUGAAACAUCUAAGAAUUCACACAAAGGAGAGGCCAUUUUCAUGUUCAGAAUGUGGGAAACGUUUUCGCUAUAAAGCAGAUCUCAUGAAACACCUAAGAAUUCAUACCGGGCAGAAGCCAAAUUCCUGUUCAGAAUGUGGGAAAUGUUUUAAUAACAAAUCAAGUCUUAUAGAGCAUUUGAGAACACACACAGGAGAGAAACCAUAUUCAUGUCCUGAAUGUGGGAAAUGUGUUAACCAUAAAUCAGAUCUUGUGAAACAUCUGAGAACUCACACAGGAGAGAAGCCUUUUUCAUGUACUGAAUGCGGGCAAUGUUUUAGUCAGAAAUCGAGUCUUGUAAAACAUCAGAGAAUUCACACAGGGGAGAAGCCAUAUUCAUGUUCGGAAUGUGGGAAAAGUUUUAGUCUCAGUUCAAGUCUUGUGAAACAUAUGAGAAUUCACACAGGGGAGAAGCCAUAUUCGUGUACAGUGUGUGGUAAAUGUUUUACCUAUAAAGCAGAUGUUGUAAAACAUCUUAGAACUCACACGGAGCAGAAGCCAAAUUCAUGUUCAGAAUGUGGGAAAUGUUUUAGUAACAAAUCAAGUCUUGCAGAGCAUCUAAGAAUUCACACAGGGGAGAUGCCAUAUUCAUGUCCUGAAUGUGGGAAAUGUUUUAUCCAUAAAUCAGAUCUUAUGAAACACCUGAGAACUCACACAGGGGAGAAACCAUUUUCAUGCACAGAAUGCGGGCAAAGUUUUAGCCAGAAAUCAAGUCUUGUAAAACAUCAGAUAAUUCAUACAGGGGAGCAUGUUCAGAAUGUGGGAAGUAUUUUAGUGUCCGAUCAAGUCUUGUGAAACAUAAGAGAAACCCACAAAGGGAAGAUGUCGCUGUUGUGUACGGUAUGUAGGAAGUUUUAUAACUAUAAAAGAAGUCUUUUGGUUUUAUUCAGAAAACAUGUUUUGGAACAUCUGAGAACACACAGAAGAGAAGCCAAAUUCAUGUGCAAUAAGUGGGAAAUCUUUUAGUCAAAAAUUAAGUCUUGUUAACCUUUCCGGCCCUGGGUAAUUUUCCAUAUUCGUGUUUUCGUUUUAACUCCCUCACUUCUAGGAGCCAUAACAUUUGCUUAUUUUUCUGUUCACAUAGCAGUAAAGAGGGUUUGGUUUUUGCAA